AUGGCUUCUAUCAUGCGUCCCUCCAUUUUGCGACAGGCGGCUAUCAGCCGCAGCGUCUUUUCUCAGCCUGCCAUGCGCAAUACCGUCCUCCGCGCCGCUCCUCUGCACACCACCACCAAGCGUCUUGCUAUCCUCCCUCCCGGUCCCCAGGUCAUCCAUGGAACAGACGCUCUCGACUAUACACUAACGCAACGCUCUCUAGUCAAUGACCCUGCGCCUGUUCCUCACGCCAAUGCCGCCCACGGCUCCUAUCACUGGGCUUUUGAGCGCCUCCUCGCCGCCUCUCUCGUCCCUCUUUCCAUCGCUCCCUUCGCCUCCGGCUCUCUCAACCCCACACUCGACGCCAUCCUGUGCUCGGCCCUCCUCCUACACUCCCACAUUGGCUUCCAGUCCGUCAUCAUCGACUACAUCCCCAAGCGCACCUGGGGUAGCCUGCACAAGUCCUUCAUGUGGGCUCUGAACAUCGCCACUGUCGCUGUUGGCGUUUCCUUGUACGAGUUUGAGACCAACGACGUCGGUGUCACGGAGGCUAUUAAGCGUGUAUGGAAGGCCAGCUCCAAGUCCGAGUAG